GUUUGUCAAUUGUUGUAAUUUUGCCUAAAGAGUUCAGGUUUUGCAUUUAUUUACAAUUAAUUAAACAAAUAUGUCCCGGAAAGAGGCCCUGUCACAGUUCAUCAACCAGAUACACGGUCGCCCCGUGGCCGUAAAGCUGAACAACGGCGUGGACUACCGAGGGGUCUUGGCCUGCUUGGAUGGCUACAUGAACAUCUGCCUGGAGCAAACAGAGGAGUACGUCAACGGGCAGCUGAAGAACAAGUACGGAGAUGCUUUCAUCCGCGGCAACAACGUCCUCUACAUAUCCACGCAAAAGCGGAGGGUCUGAAAUCGUAGCGCCUAAGUUUAUUCCGUAAAUAUAACAUGAUCCACAAAGAAUAUAAA